AUGCAGGCCUACCAGGACGACCAGUUGAACAGGGCUGAGCACAUUCUUGACUAUAGAUUCAAUACUCGCAGCCUGCUCUUGGAGUCCUUACAGACUCCAGGUUCCGGAGUCCGAACUGCCGGUGACCGUUCCAUCAUUGACGGCAACAAAACCUUGGCUCUCUUGGGGGACAAAGUUCUCGGGAUCUUGCUUGUGGAAGCGAUGGUGAGGGAAAACCUGGUAACUAGGGGUGACAUCGACGCCGAAAUUCAGCGUAAGCUCAAUAAUGCCCGACUUGCGGGAGUUUUUGACAUGGUUGGCUUCCUGGAGUGUCUCAGCCUCAACCCAUCUCAGGGUUUGUCCAUCGGUCCUCGGACCAAGGCCGAUACCAUCGAGGCCAUCAUAGGUGCUGCGUACUUAGACGGCGGAUUCGAAGCUGCCAGACUUCCUGCCCAGACCAAGAGGAAACCUGGAAGCCCCGCAUUGGGGCACCGAGGGAUCCAAACGGAGAUCCCCUCGGAAUAUGGCGCUUGGCGUCUCUUGUCUUCGCGGCAGAUCCAGCGAAGAACAUCGAAGCAGACUGGGGUCAGCUUGGGUGUUGCAUUCUUCUCUCAAGAUCUGCUGCCGAGAGAACCGACCACCGUGUUCCUAGGGGAUUCCGUAUGGGGCCCUUGGUGCCCCGAUGCGGGUGUUCCGGGUUUCCUCUUGGCCAGGGGCCUUAUUGCGGAGUGA